AUGACUAAUUCAGAGGAUUCUUUAGAAGAUUUUGGUGGCGAUGGUCAAGAUUACAGUAUAUUAUUUGCUACAGAUGAGGAAUUUGCAAACAAGGAUGAUGCUGUUGCUUGGGUGAAAGGCAUGGGCAUGGCAAAUGUGGAUGGGAAGUGGCGCAUUCGGGUGUAUCCUGGUGAGUUUGGAAUGCAUAACCACGAGCUGUUUGACGAAGAUCAUCCCACGAGAGGCCUUAGCGAUGGAGUGAAACAGCUUAUACAGGGUAUGUCCAAAGAUGGGUGCAGACCGUGUCAGAUCAUGACUGCGAUUCAGAGGAUCUUUCCUGAUGAAAAAGUUAACAGACGGCAAGUGUACAAUUUCAGGAAGAAAUUGCGUAAUGAGGGAUUCCCGGUGUUGGGUGAAUCGAGUGCCAUGGAUGCCGCGACAAAGACACUAGCGGUGGCCAAGCAUCAUGGUUAUAUCAUCAUGACAGAUUGCAAUCAGGAGACAGAAUGUUUUACAGUAAUUGGCUACAUUCAGGUGCAAGAGUGGAAAGAAGAAACCAAUGACCGAUGCGAUCAUGUGGUGUACUGGACUUGUCGAAUUCCAUGUGCGUGCGCCCUCAAAAAGGCUGCAGAUGCCGGCACAUCGAUAACUCUUAAGCAUAUUCGCCCAUUUUGGGCGACCCUUAAUAUCGGUGAACAGGCUGGUACGAGUGCUCCUACCGAUGUGGAUGACGAGGUCCUUUAUACCAGACAGUUGAUGGAAGAGCUGAACGAGUGUCCUAAGGCAGUACGACGUACUGUAAAUAGGGUUCUCCACCGGACGCCGGACGGGCAAUGA